AUGCGGUCGAAAAACAACAGGAAAGGAAAGGUAUGCCCAGCCUCACAAGGUGCACAAAGUCUAACACUAGCAUGCUGGAACAUCCGAACCAUGCUUGACUCUGCAGACAUUAAUCGCCCAGGAAGACGUUCUGCUCUAGUCGCACACGAACUUCUUAGACUGAACAUUGACAUUGCUGCCGUCAGGGAAGUCCGCUUUGCAGGGGAAGGCAGUCUCCACGAACACAGUGCUGGGUACACCCUCUACUGGUCAGGCAAGCCGGAGGCCAAGGGACGCCUUUAUGGCAUGGGCUUUAUGAUCAGGAGCACCAUUGCUUCCAAGCUUGAAAACCUGCCUACAGGACACUCAGAGCAAAUCAUCUCCAUGCGCCUUCCACUAUGGAACGAACAGCAUGCCACUAUGUUCAGUGUAUAUGCUCCAACUCUCCAAGCAGCUCCCACAGAAAAGGAAGAAUUUUACACUGAUUUGCACAACCUCGUUCAGAACGCCCCAGCAGAAGACAAGGUUUUCAUCCUUGGUGAUUUCAACUCCAGAGUUGGCAAAGAUUCAGAAGCCUGGAAAGGAGUUCUUGGUAAGCAUGGCGUUGGAAACUGCAACAACAAUGGACACCUUCUUCUUGAGGUCUGUACAGAUCAGCAGUUUACUCUUACCAACCCCAUUUUCCAGCAGAACAGCCUAAAGACAGCCUGGAUACACCCUCGUUCAAAACAUUGGCAUCUCAUUGACUAUGUACAAGACGUCCUACAUACCCGAGUGAUGUGUAAUGCAGAGUGUCAUACUGACCAUCGCCUCGUUCGCAGCAAACUUAGGCUCCCGUUCAAGCCUAAACCAAAGAAGGGAGGAGUUUCAAGGAAAAAAUUCCAGAUUGACAACUUUCAGUCAGCUGAAAUAAAAGCUAAAUUCCAGGCAAAUCUUCAAGCAAAGCUUGAAAACCCCAGUUGCCCCACAGAUUCCUCUCCUGAAGCUCUAUGCGCACAAAUAAAAUUAGCCAUCCUGCAGACCUCCAGGAACUAG